AUGUAUAAACUGAUUCGGCGAUGUUUUGGUGCAUGUUGUCACCGGGGUCGAGUGCAGUCAGAACAGUGUACCACAUCCGCGCACCCGGUAGAUGCUUGGGAUCACGUGACUACAAGUUCGAAGCUUGCAAAACCUCCACCCACGUGGUCCGAUGCUGCAAGUCAUCAACGUUCGAUCACCGACGAUGAGGCUGGUCCAGCAAAUGGGAUGGCCACAGCGACUGCAAAUCCCACUGUCAUGUGCCGAUUGGUCAGGCGAUACAUUCAUCAGUCCAAGAAAACCAUGCGUCAAGACGGAGUAAAUGAAGACGACUUAUUGGAAAUUAAACAGGACAUUUCUAGUCUUCGAUAUGAACUUCGUGAAGACCGAAAAAGGGAAGUGGCACGUACAAUUGGUCAUUUAGAAGGUCUCAAACGUGACCUAUUGGAAGAAUUAAACAAACAGUUUACUGAUACGAAACAGCUUCUCAGCCAGUAUCGUUUUCUGAGUGCAACUCGUUCCACAGAUGUACUCCCCGUUGCACCGGACGAGUUGACCCUGGUUCGUGGAACCACACCACCGUUGCUCACCAAACUGGUGGGAACUGAACCCAGCCGAUCCGGUGGUCCAGUUAGAAGUUACUCUGUAACACAGGCUUCCGAUCAACCACAGACUUGCUCACUCACUUACGGACGCGAGACGCAACAUAUUUAUGAUGAAAUUAAACAAUUGGCUCUGAUGAACACGGCUUACGAGGGACCGGCGUACGAAAGUGGAAGUCAGCUGAUAGAACGACACCUACCGAUUCACACGUACGCUCAACUGAAAUUCGAAAUACUUCGUGGAGUACGUACGGAACUGCAACAACUAGUUCAAGAGCUUAAAAAUCCUGACAGCAAAGACUCAUCCCAGGGAUCAGCCAUUUCCGAACGAGAUACAACGAGGACCUCAGUAGAUAGUCCCCAUGUUCAAUGGUACACCUCA